UUCUGUAAUAACGAAUGUAAAGAUGGAGACAUUCUCAUUGAGACAGAAGAGGACACAGCUCAGAAAGGCAGAUACAGCAUUGAAUAUAAAAAUUCAAUAAUGUCUGCUACAGUUCUGUAUGUGAGCAUCACAAAGCUGAAUAAGUCUGACUCAGGACGCUACAGAUGUCGUUUGGACAGAUCUUUAUUCCCAACAUCAUACCAGGAGAUUAAGAUCCGAGUUACAGAUGCUCCAACCUCUCCUCUCAGACCUUCUUCACCAUCAGUCCCAUCAGCCUCCACACUGAUGACAUCACAGAGUUUAAGCUCCACACCUUCAUCAGCCUCCACACUGAUGACAUCACACAGUUUAAGAUCCAGACCUUCAUCAGCCUCCCCUGAAGCCAGCGAGCAGCCUCGACAGAAACACACAACACCUUCAGCCCCAAGUGCUCUGCUGUAUCUGGGUCUGACUCUGCUCCUCUUCUUCAUCAUGUUAUCAGUAGCUUUGCUGAUUUUCUGCAGGAAGAGAGCCAGGAAACCCAAAGAACCUCCUCUGGAAACUGAGUACUCUAAUGUCACAAAGGCCAAGCGAGUGUAUGAGGAGAUCAGAGAGGACAGACAGAGCACAUCUCCUCCUGUAGAAGUGUCUACAGUUUACACUUACGCCAAAUACACCAAACCAGAUGGAGCGGAAACCACAGAGGAGUACAGCUUAGUCACUGCACCCACUUCUCAGAAGAAAACUGAAGACGACCGGAGUGACCUCACCUACUCUGAGCUGGAUCUUCCCAACGGUACAGCUGCCUCGCUGCACAGCGCCCCCUGUGGUGACCCAGAUAACGUGGUCUACUCUGUUCCUCGGUUAGAAGCCAGAUCGGCCGGCAGCCACGCCCAAGACUCUUCACCUCCUCUGUACUCUACUGUUACUUUAGAUCAGCUGUAGCUUCAACGCUGUCAGUGCCACAUUUACUCUCUCAGGGGCCAACAGGGGACACAAAGGGCUUUGAAUGAGUCACAUUCACUCAAAGAAAUCUCUUUUUAUCGUUAUUGGGGGAAACUGUGUCAGUUACAGCUCACAAUGUUUUUUUUUUGAAGAUGAAAUGUUUUUAUUAGCUCUAUGUGUUCAUUGCUUUUGCAAAAAUGUACAUGUUCUUAUAGCAGUUAUAUAUUAAAUUAUUAUAUACUGUAUUUAUUCUGUACUUUUCAAACUGUAGUGGAUGUGUUUAGGUGCUGAAUCCAGUCAUCAUGAGAACAAUGGCCUGUACAAUUUUAGGUUCCUGAUCUUCUGAUACCAAAUAGUCAAUGGUAAUUUACAUAUUUAUGAACUUUGUAUGAAUUUUUUGUAUGAACAUUGUUAGUUUUCUGGCAGUAACCAUUAUUGUUGCAU